GUUUACCGUAACUUGUCAUUGUUACUUUGGGGCUCUCAAAAUGGCACACUUCUACGUUUUUCUCCUUAUAACUGCUUUCUUUGCCAAAGACAGUUAUCAAGCACGUUGUAUUUGCACCACACAAUAUGACCCGGUAUGCGGAACAGAUGGCAAAACUUACUCUAAUCCUUCGUGUAUGAGAUGCACACCAAAUGUCCGGAUUGCUUGUCGAGGAAGAUGUCCCUGUUCACCAUGUAUCUGCACUGCUCAGUAUGAUCCAGUGUGCGGUACGGACGGAAUAACGCACUCUAACAUUUCUUGUAUGCGCUGCUCGCCAGGUGUGAGAGUUGCCUGUAAAGGCGAGUGUCCCUGCCCGCGGCCCUGUAACUGUAAGGAUAAGCCUAAGUCCCCCGUGUGUGGAGUAGACGGCAGGAACUAUGACCAUCCUUGCUGGGCACGGUGUCACAAUAUAGCAGUACAGUGCAAUGGAUACUGUCCCUGCAAAGGAUAUGGAAAAUGAAAUAGUAUCAAAAUCUUAUUUUUGUGUAGAUAAUUAAGUGACAGAAAUAAAUAAUCUGCUCAAGUUA